CUCCAGCGCACACACCUUAACUGCUGUCGGGAGUUGGUGCCGUCGACGGACUAUCCACGUUGUGUGUGAUCGGUGGGAAUGCGCAGUCUCGCAGAACCGAGCAGAUCGUCACACAGUUCCUCUAGUCCAAAAUGGCGCUAUGUUUACGUCUCUACAUAAUCGUUUAUUAUCCCUAGCAAGUCUCAUGGAGCGCUUUGGUGAUUUUAUUCACUGGGGAAGAUAAUUUGACCUAGCGUUUGGCUACAGCACAAGUGAUUUACGAUAAUCGGGACAUUCGGUAAUGACAAUUUAAGAUCUGUGGCUCUAAAGUUCACCAGCAGCAGUAGGAAGGAUGCAGGCUGAGGCCACAGACUCUUCACUGAGAGAGGGCAUAGAGGCUCUGGAUGUGAAGGACACAGAAAAACCUGCAGCAGUCCAAGAGGAAGAGGGCAACAAAGAGCAACAGGACACGGAGAUGACUGCUGCCACAGAGGAGAAUGCAACUACCAAGGAUGAAAAAGAUGGAGACUCAGAUGCAGUGGAAGCAGAGGCGCACAAAGAUGAACCUCAGGUAGACACAGGGGUGGAUGGUGAAGAGGGAAAGCAGGCUGCAGUAGUGGACGGUGAAUGGGAGCUUGCAUACAGCGACGAGGAAAUGGAGGACCCCAAAAACUGGAUGCCCCCUCCUGCUGAAAUCAAAAGACUCUAUGAGCUCCUCGCUAAAGGAGAGAUGCUGGAAUUGGACUUUGUGCCCCUCCCUAGAAGGCCUCCUACACCUGAACGUACCCCCUCACCUGAAAGAGAUGACGAGGAUGAGGCGGCGAAAGAAAGGGAGAGGGAGGAGAGAGAGCGCAAACCUCCAACUCCAACUGAGUUUGACUUUGAUGAAGAGCAACUGCAAGCCACUCCGAAAAACUCCUUCAUCAACAGACGCAGAACACCAGGAUCUUCAGCCCGCUCGUCUGUGAAAAGGGAAGCUCGGCUGGACAAAGUACUGUCAGACAUGAAGCGCCAUCGCAAAAUUGAGGAGCACAUCAUGCGUACGGGUCGAGAUCUCUUCAAGAAUGACAAGAAGCUGGAGGAGGCUCUUUCUCCAAACAGCCAGAAGGAGCGGGAGAAAGAGAGGGAACGAGACAGUAACCCCAACACCAUCUUCUCCCCGAGACAGAGGAGAUACUGAAGUAUUAUGUGAUGAGGACUUGCCCAGAGGCAAACAAGGCCAAGAGCUUUCAGAGGCUUUCUCAAAACUUGAAUUUUCUAAUGUAACGAGUUUUGUAUGUUUUCUAUGUGUGUUUUGUAUAUUGGCAAUAAACAUUUUAACCCUGGAGAA